AUGGAAGCAGUGUGGGAGUUUUUUCCAAGCAAAAAAGCUUUUGAAAGUGUACCAUAUGUUACGAAAAAUCAAGUAGAGAAAGUUGCCGAGUUUUUAAAAACUCGUUCAAGAGCUGAAAUCCUGACGAUCAGCACUUUAGGCUUGACUGGUGUGAUUGGCUACUGCUGGCUUCAGAACAAAUGGAAGUAUUGGCAGCGCAAAGGUGUUUCUGGGCCGAAACCGUCUUUGGCCGACUUGGGAAACACUAUCUCAACUUUCAACGAUCUUGGUGUAGGGCUCUUUGAGAAGUACGCAGACCAAGACGUGAUCGGCAUUUACUUCUUUUUCACUCAACCCUGUCUGAUAGUCAAAGACCCAGCUAUUUGGAAAGAAGUGGCGAUCAAGGGCUUCCACAACUUUACAACGAGGGGCCGAAGCGAAGCGAAUUUCGCGUUCGGAAAAAUGGCUCCUGACUUCGUCACUCUGGCAGAGGGGCAAAAAUGGAAAAGGAUCAGAAAUACGAUCGUUCCAUUCUUUUCUGGAGCGAGGCUGAAGGAGACGUGCUUGGUGCUUCAAGAUACGUACGAACAUUACGAGAACACGGCCGUUCCCAAAUCGGCGGAAACUGAAGUUGACGCAAAAGCAUUCGCGGCUGGACUCACUCUUCGCGCCAUUCUUGGCUCUGGUUUAGGCCUUAGUGCAAAAGAAAACGAAGAACUUGUGGAAGAAGUUUAUCGCCACGCAAACAUCCUUUCUCAAACAAGUUUUUGGGGAUUCAUCAAGACUUCGACUGUCCCACGAUGGAUUAGAUACAAGUUAAACAUGACAAACUAUCCUUCUUCGACGGAUGAUUUCUUCAGGGAGGUCAUUGCCCAGAUCAUGGAGCAGAAGUCGAGCGGCCGGACGAAUCUAGUGUCGCUGAUGGCUAAUAACAUCAUUGAAAAAUCACAGGAGUACACUGCGACAAAAGGGUUGACAAAGGACGAAAUCAUCGCUCAAACUUUGAUCUUCAAACUCGCCGGCCAAGAUACAACCGCGACUGCCUUAUCCUUCCUUCUCUUUGCCCUGGCGAAAACCCCUAGCGUUCAGGAGGAAAUCUACAACCAAGUAAAAAGCGCAGAUCUGAGCUACGAGGGGCUGAAAAAGAUCAAAUUCAUCGACGCAUGCAUCAAAGAAGCGAUGCGCUUUUUCAAGUUUAUCGUUCUCCUUCGCGAGGCGGAUCAGGACUGCGAAGUUGCAGGCGUAAAGAUCGAAAAAGGCACGCUUGUCUUGUUUCUGCCGAAUCUUGUUCACAGAAGCGCCGAAUUUUACCAAGAUCCGGAUGUUUUCAACCCUCAUCGAUUCGACGGAAAUGAAUCAAACACUCUUCAAGACGACUACUGGUUUGGUUUCGGAAUCGGGCCCAGAUCUUGCCCGGCAGUUCGGUGGGCCUUUGUAUCUAUUAAAAUCUUCGUUGCGAAUAUUCUCAAAACCUACGAGCUCCUUCCUGGAGAAAACACGCCCGAACUGAAUGAGGUGAAAGUAAGACUUGCUGGUCCGAAAAUUGAAACGACUGUUCCGAUGAAAAUUCGAUUCAGAAAACGAGCUUGA